UUCCUUCGUCGGGGCACGAAAAGUUGUGUGAGGAAAAGCUAAAAACAUUCCAUCGACUCCAUUUCCAAAGUGCAGUUGGGAUUUUGGUUGUGUGCAACGAAAGUUUCAUUUUCCCCGUAGUUGAUUGCAAAAGUGCCUCUCGCCAGUGUGGGUGUGUGUGCAUUAGAACGAGAACAUUUCCGACUCAAUUGUCCAGCAGAGGAGCGAAAAAGAAAAGAAACGAACGAAGGGAGUGGAGAACAAUUUCACAACAAAGGCGGCGGUCAAGUUUUUCACCGAGUUUGCCGUUUGUAGCAGACACACACGCACGCACACGCACGCGCUCGUUCGACAGUGUGUAUUGGGUUGAAAAUUCGUGCGGCAAAGUAAAGCGCAAAAAUGGUCGUCGUCACUAAGCCGGCGCUGAAAAAGGUGGAAAAGUCGAUUCUGCCCUUGGUGCACCCACACCCGGACGCCGCCCCGACCGCUCCGGCCGACGAUGGCAACAAUUCGACCGCCUCGAACAUUAUUCUGCUGCGCCGCGGUCGCCAGCUGAAGCCGGCCACCGCUGCCAUCCUGCUGCUGGUCGCCCUGCUCGGCUUCUCGAUGGGCACGAUCGGCGGUCUGUUCUACUACCGCCAGUAUGCGCAGGCCCGCAACCACAUGCGCUACCACGGCUUCUGCAAGAUCCCGUACGAUGCGAGCAACUUCGAGUCGCUGUACCGCUCGAUGAAUGCCGAUCGCGAUACCGAGCUGCUGCGCCAGUUCCGCAUCUUCGAGAUGCCGCGUGCGCUGAACCAGGACGCCUCCGGCUCGGACGAUUCGCAGUCGAACGAGAACGGCGCCAACAACAACGACAACGGCAACAACGCGGAUGAGUUCUUCCGCGAGGAGUUUGAGCUGGGCCUGUCCGACGAGGAGAACUACUCGAAGAUCGAUGUGCCGGUGUUCCGCGGCCAGCGGCCGGCCCGCUUCCUGCACGACUUCACCUUCAACCAGUCGGGCAUCAUCGAUAGUGUGGCGCGCCGCUGCUUCAUCAUGCCGCUCGAUCGUGAAACGGUGCUGCCCCCGCAGUCACUGCGCGAUCUGGUGAUGAAGAUGCAGCUCGGCUACUACAACAUCGACACGAGCGUGCUGAAGAAGACGAUGCGCGUGGUGACGCCCGAGCUGACCGACUUUACCGACGUGUCGCCCCGCAUCACGAAGGAGUGCGUGGACAUGAAGAUCUACCAGCUGGAGAAGGUCGUCACUGGUGUGUACAAGCGUUCCACCGACAUUCAGGAGCGUGCCAAGUUUGCCGAGUUCGGCGGUAACCACAUCUCGCUCAUCGACAUCGCCAACCUGGACGAGCUGAACUAGAAUAGCAGUGACGGUGUGGAAGGGAUUGUAUUAUUGUAGGAGGGGGAUCGCCGCACGGGGAAGGAGGGAAGCAGACACACAAUGAAAGACUUUGCGCCAAACGGAACGCAUUUGUGGUGUGUCUGUGGGGGAUGAGCGUUGUUCCUAGUGUGUGUGCGAGCGCGCAUAAGGGAAAUAGAAAAGGAUAGUAUUUUAUAUGUUGUUUUUUUUUUUGUUCAGAAUAUUCAGUGAAUGACACAUUAAUGCAAGUAUUAGUACACACGGCAAAAAGAGCGGGGUAGCAGGCAAGGGUAGGAGAGGAAGCCACAUGGCUCCUACUCUUUGUUUUACGUGUACUGUGGUGUUUCUUCGGCUGAGAAUGCAAUGCCCCCUGGCGAUUGCAGUAUAAUGGGGCAAAAUGUUGAAACCAUAUAGAUUAUACUCUAAUGGCCUCUAAAGCAACGACUUUUUAUCUGUAUUUCUGUGUGUGUGUCCCUAUUGUCGUCCCGUUUAAAUUGCAAAUUUGUUCGUUGGAAGAAAGCAAAAAAAGAAGAGUAACGUUUCACGCUUUCAUCUUCACAUCCAAUUUGAAACAGUUUUGUUUGUUGAUACAUUGAGCUUCUUUUUUCUAUUAUAAAACCAUGUUUUGUCUAAACUGGAUAUAAAUUUGGUUAAAGUUUUUACGAAUCGUAUGUAAGGAUGAUGAAUCAAAUAUUUAAGAAUAUGAAACGAACACACACAUAACAUUGGAUGGUGUAAACACAUGCUUUCGGUCCUGGUGGUUUCGCUCCCCUUGUACUCUUGUCCUUGUCUAAUGACAAAAUAACCCUUUUAACUGGAAUUAAUACUAACAUUUGUAGAACAAUACUGUCCUCCGUCGCAGACCGACUUGGUUGUGUGUGUGUGUGCUGAGUACAAUUUUAUAAUUUUCAUACAAUAUGCAUACCACAUCAUGCACCGAUUGGUAACACAACCUUGCUCCCAAAUCACAACCCACAGAGACAUUUAAAACGAGUAAAAAGACACAUUCCUUGCUGCUUGUAGUAAUGAAAUCAAUAACCAACCCUCCUCCUCCCCCUCCGGCAUUGGUGUGUCUUUGGGCAAAAGAAGUAAAUGAAAGUAUCUAUUUUUACUAUAAAAAUCCUUCCUUCUUCUGCAGGAGCGAAACAGACAGACAGAGUAUAUAAAUGGUGGGAUUUACUUGCAAACUCUAGCACGCAAACAAACAAACAAACAAACAAACAAAAAGCAGGAAAGACAAGAGAACGGGAUAGGAGGAGGAGGGAUGUGAAACAUAAUAAAAGCAGAGAUAGCGAGAGAGCAAAACAAAGUAA